AUGGAAAAAGCUUAUCUACUUCAUUUAUCUCUACGUAUAUAUGAAUCUGUUUAAGUAAUGCGCGGUCAUUCAUUGAAAGUAAACGAGUCCAAAAAUGUUCGUCAAAGUCCUACUUGUUCUGCCUUGUCUUUUGUGUGUUUGUGCCGCAGCACCCACAACUGGAACGGUACAGAAUCAACCAGAGGUUUGCAAACAGUUCGGAUACCAAUGUCUGAAUUGUUCAGCAAGUAUAUUUUGUGAUAAGCAAAACGAUAAAUGGUCUAUAAUAGAGACGCUGCGCUGUCCCAAUAACACAUGCGACAAUGGCGAAUGCAAGGAUGUGCCUAGCCGCGAAUGCCUGGACAAGAAUAAAGUUCCAAGCUGCCGAUCUUCCGAAGGCAUGUUUCCCAAUCCGGGUUCAUGCCGAGAAUUUUACUACUGCACACCAUCGGACUCGGGUAAAUUGAACCUUGUUCGCAGUAACUGCACCGGCGGCUACUCCUAUAACCCGCUUACGACGUACUGCGAUAAGCCCUUACCCGCAGACGAUGUUUGCAAGGGAUAUCCCGUUCCCAAUUGUACUACACCGGGCCUAACUGGGGCGCUUACGGAAAAUCCUUCGAUCUACUUCACGUGUCUUCCAGUGGUUUCCAAUGGAAUUAGGGUGUUUUACCCGUAUUUGGAUGCCUGUCCGAAUGGGAAAAAGUACCAGGCCGCAAACAGAACAUGUAGUACUACUUAAAUGUUUAUGCCGCGCGUGAAUAAAAAUUACCAGCUAGAA